AUGGAAAAUGAAAAAGAGUGGUUAGAUAUAGCACAAACAUUUACCGAAUUAACCCUACAGCAUAGAAACGAAGAGGCCAUUGUAUUUAUUGGUGAUAUUCUAAAGCAGAUUCCACUUAGAGUUUAUUUACUACCAAAUAUUAUCACACUUUUACUUCAAAAAGAUUCAGAACUAUACAACAAUGAAUUAAAACCAUUCUUUUUUUAUAUUGGUGUAUUUUUAUCAAAAACAACAACUUUAAAAGAAAGUGUUCAUCAAUUAAUGUACUAUUUAUUUUCAAACGAUUUAUACGAAAGAAAUUUUGCCGAAUUAUUAAAAAGAUAUGAAAAAUUUAUAGUAGGAAAAGAUGAAAGAUCAUUCCCAUUAUUAAUGGUAUUUGGUUCAGUUCUACACUAUAUAGAUUGGGAACAACAAUUAACACAAUAUAAAGAAUCAGGAUAUAAAAACAGACAAACAGAAGAAAAAUUGGAUAGAUUAGCAACAAUGAUUGAAUAUAAACUAAAUUCCUCAUUAUCAUUCUUUCCAAAUUUAGAAUUUAUUAUUAAACCACUAUUGAAAACAAUGAUAUAUUUAAAAAGAACAGAGGAAUGUUAUUUAUUGUUAUUGGCUUUUAUACAUCAAUAUCCAUUAAAUCCAUUUGGUUAUACGUUAUUAGGCUCAUUUUUAAUUGAACACAAACCACACGACACCAAAAGAAUAAUAUUUUGUUAUAGAAAUUUAUUAAAGUUAGAUCCAAUUUCAAACCCAGCAUUCACUGUUUUAACCCAGUACUAUUAUAAUAAUCGAUGUGAAGAGUCAGUAUUCUCAAAACCAACCGACACUACAAUACCAUUCAACGAAAUUUUUAAAUUGUAUAUAGAUAGAAUAUCAUAUUUUUCAACAAAUUUAGAAAUUUGGAAACUAUUUUAUUAUUUUUUAAAAGAUCACUUUUCAAACUACCCCAAUGUUUUGGAGCUAUUAAAUAAAAAAGAAAACAACAAUAAUAACAAUGAAAAUGACAACAACAACAAUAGUAAUGAAAAUGAAGAUACUCAAAAUAUUAAAUUUCAAUUUCAAUUAUUUUUAGAAAAGAAUUUUAAUGAUUAUCAAGAUACCAACAUUAGCCAAGCUUUGUUUAAAUUUAAAACUGGCGUUUAUUUCUUAUUAACAAACUCGUUGGAAUACACAAAUCAAACCUUAUCAAAAAAGAAAAACUUUCAACUUUCUUUAAAUGUUUAUGAGUUUUUAGAAAGCGAAAUGAACAAUUUAAAAAAUAAAUAA